AUGGCAGAGGAGGAAGGGAAAGAGGCGCUCUUCUCCAUCCCAACCAUAACUGCGGUUUUGGUUCCUAUCUUGGUCAGCAUCUGUGACUAUUUCGGCCCUGGGCUCCACAAUAUUGUGCCAGCACCUUUCCUUGCCAUUUUCAUGUCUCUCUGCUAUUUAGAGAGGUUAGGGCCUGGAGGACCAUCCUCGUCAUCUACAUUACCUUCAUCUAUAUGGUCGCAAGCUGCAAUCAUCCCAAAUCUUUAUCUAUUUCUCUGUAUGGCUCUCGGAAAAGGACUUGCCUACCAAACCCCUAUAGGAGAGAAUGGAGACAGUGAUCUGGGUUCAUCGAUGCUAUUGGGGUUCAGUCUCUCAGUUGUUCAGUUGGUAGCCCUUUGGAUCCAUUUGAGCUGGCAAGAAAGGUUUAUGAAACCGGAUGAGGCAUUUCAAAAUGGAGUGAGAGCUUUGGUGGCAACUAUGGUCUUGCCGACUGUGUGGGUGGCCCUUUUCACAGUGGUAUAUGCUGUUAGUCCAUUAGGGACUGUGGGAUCUAUUGCUUAUUCCCAGCUUGACAACCAGCCCUUUGUACGAUGGGUGGCCGUUGCUGGUAUUGGAGGACUUGAGUUUAUCAUGGUCUGGACCUCAGUGAUGCUCGCUCGCGGCUUCACCCACUUUAUGCGUACACGUUAUUACAAAAAAGGCGGUGUCUAUGAUGUGGACCCUAUUGAAGCCAACAUGCGGAAACAAGCUGGGGAGGCCCGGUCAGGAGCCUUUUCACCGAUGUCUAUAUACCUGUUUAUGAUGAUGAUUGUCUUGUUGUAUGGAUCCUUUCAGGUCAAAGGAAUCCUCGAUUUCAGUCACUCUAGCGCGCGGGUUGUUUGUCUGUCGGGUCUACCGUGGGGUUCUGACAGUUCUUUCGAAGACGAAUACUCUUAUCGACUCAACGAAACAACUAAUUUAGCGAAAGUUAACUCUGAUAUAGUGAUUUGGAGUGAGAAAAUGAUGCGCAUUAGCACUUUAACAGAGCGGGAUAAGUUGUGGACACAAGCAAGGAAUAUCUCUGCGACAUACGCAAAAUACAUCGGUAUCGCUUAUGAGGAUUUUGUGGAUGCUCCAACCAACACUAAGGGCAAGAGUAUGUUUGUGAUGUUUGACAAGGCCGGCAAUGUCGGAUUUGAGUAUCAAAAGGCUCAUCCGAAGCCUAGGGCCGAGAACAAUAUUUUGCCAGGGCCUAGUAAUCAACCUGCAACAGGAAGAGAGCUUUCACUCAAUUCUGGGUUGAUUGGAGGAGCAACUGAAUUUGAUUUAAAUUUCCACACGUUUUCAAAGAGUAUUAAGCAACAAAAUAUCAAUUUAUUGAUCAGCUUGACCGCUAGUAAAGGUAAUAUACGGCUAGGGACUGCUAUUCAAGCAUUCAGGGCUAUGGAACAAGGCAUCACCAUCCUUUCAUGUGGCGGACGUGGCGCUAUAGCCUCAAGUUACUAUAACCCAUUGGUGAUUGGCAGCGCACCAAUCUUAAACAGUUUAAGUUAUAGUGCAACCGUUUUUACUGACCUUCCCGAGCCAGUAUGGACUAUGUACCAGGUAGUAGGAGACCUUUGGGCCUACAUCUGUUGCGCUCUUACAGUCAUUACAUUAGCUUUGGUCGCGUUACCUGAGAGGAUUGUAAAUCGACUGUUUGCAUGGAUCACCAAGAGGAAGAAAGGAAGAAAUAGCGAUAACUAUGCCGGGACUGAUGGCCAUAGUGAUCGUGCACAAGGGAUUGCUCUUAAUAUAUUGGAUGAGCCACUCGAGUGUAAAUAG